ACCCACUGGUAAGACGCCGUUUCUCCACCUUAGGUUAUGGGAGUUGGUGAAAAUGGAUUUGGUGGCAUGUGAGUUUGUGUAGCAAGUGUUGGAAGUUGGUGAAAGAAAUGGACUUGGUGGUACCCCAUAAACAAUUUCGCUCAUAUGAACACUUCCACCAAGAAAGCUAUAACAGUGGUUCUUCUUUCAAUUUGGUGAGGGUAUAUAAUAUGCCCUCCAAAUCCCACUUGUUUGUCUUGUCUAAUGAAAUUAGGGUUAUUAGCUUUAGAAAACCUAAUGGCAUUUGGUCUAGAAAGCAUUUGGGCAAUUGCAUUUUCGCUGUUUCGAAACAUGAAACUUCUACUGGUUCUAAUGGUAAUUUGCAAUAUUCUAAAAGAUUUCCAAAAGGAUAUUUAAAUGGGGUGGAAUCCUUGCCAAAUGGGGUCAAUACUUCCCUGAAUUUUGAGGAGUUUGAGAUUCAUCAUCUCCACAUGUUGAUUAGAAAUGGGGAAUUGGAGGAAGGUUUUAAGUUUCUUAAGCAUAUGACUAAGAAAGGCAAUAUCCCUGAUGUCACUGCUUGCACUGCUUUAAUCCGUGAGUUUUGCAAGAUGGGGAGGACUAAGAAUGCAACUCAAGUCAUGGAAAUUUUAGAGGAGUCUGGAACUGUUAUUGAUGUAACAAAUUACAAUGUUUUGAUUGGUGGUUAUUGCAGAUCAGGGGAGAUAGAGGAAGCCUUGCUGGUUUUGGAUCGCAUGAGCAUUGCUCCAGAUGUCGUUACUUAUGAUACAAUUUUGCGUAGUUUGUGUGAUAGAAGGAAUUUGAAGCAAGCUAUGAAAGUACUUAACAGACAACUGCAAAGCAAGUGUUACCCAGAUGUAGUUACAUAUACUGUAUUGAUUGAUGCAGCUUGUAAAGAAUGUGGAGUUGGUCGGGCAAUGGAGCUAUUGAAUGAGAUGAGGAGGAAAGGAUGCAAACCUGAUGUGGUUACAUAUAAUGUUCUUAUAAAGGGGCUUUGCAACGUAGGAAGGUUGGACGAAGCAAUUAGAUUUAUAAAGAAAUUGCCAUCCUAUGGUUGUCAGCCUGAUGUAAUUUCCCACAAUAUUAUUUUAUGUAGCUUGUGUAGUGUUGGAAGAUGGAUGGAUGCUAUGAAACUAUUGGCUAACAUGUUUCGUAAGGGGUGUUCCCCCAGUGUGGUUACUUUCAAUAUCUUGAUUAAUUUCUUGUGCCAGAAAGGCUUACUAGGUAAAGCCGUUAAUAUCUUGGAGAUGAUGUCAAAGCAUGGCUUUACUCCUAAUAUCAGGAGUUACAAUCCAUUGAUUCAAGGGUUUUGUAAUGAAAAAAGUAUAGAUAGAGCAAUUGAGUACUUGGAAAUAAUGGUAUCUAGGGGUUGUUACCCAAAUAUUGUGACCUAUAAUAUUUUGCUAACUGCAUUAUGCAAAAACGGGAAGGUGGAUGAUGCAAUUGAGAUACUGAACCAACUAAGUUCCAAUGGGUGCUCUCCUGUUCUCGUUACAUAUAAUACAGUGAUUGAUGGGCUUUUGAAGGUUGGAAAAACAGAGCGUGCUGUGGAACUCUUUGAAGAGAUGUGCAGAAAAGGUCUUAAACCUGAUAUAUUUACUUACAAUAUAAUCAUUGAUGGGCUUUUAAAGGUUGGAAAAACCAAACGUGCUGUAGAACUCUUGGAUGAGAUGUGCAGCAAGGGAAUUAAGCCUGAUAUAAUCACUUACACUUCAGUAGUUGGGGGCCUUAGUCGUGAAGGAAAGGUUCAUGAAGCAAUCAAAAUUUUCCAUUACUUGGAACGGUUAGGUAUUAGGCCGAAUGCAUUCACUUACAACUCAAUAAUGAUGGGACUAUGUAAAGCUAGGCAAACCAGUCGUGCCAUUGAUUUUCUGGCUUAUAUGGUGGCAAAAGGAUGUACACCUACUGAGGCUACCUAUACUAUUCUUGUAAAAGGCAUUACUGAUGAAGGAUUAGCUGAGGAGGCUUUGGGGUUGUUAAAUGAAUUGUACUCCAGAGGACUGGUGAAGAAAAGUUUGGUUAAAAAAGUUGCAUUCAUGAUGUAGGAUAUAACAACAGCUAAAUCUUAUCCCGUUAAGUGGAGUCAGCUAUUCAGCCACAUGGUUUGGUUGAUCCCCAUUUAGUUCUAUCAACAACCAAAAUUUCAAUAAAAUCAUUUGUAUGAUAUUUAUAUAAGGCAUUCGAGGUGUAGGGUACAUUUUUUCGUUGUACUACUAAAUGGUUUUUACUAUUUAUACACACAGAUUUUGUUGUCCCCCCUCUUUUAGUGGCCACUGGCUACUUGAUCUAUUAUAGAUUUUAAAUUUUUAGGGAGAGUGGAUAGUCCAAUUUAAGUCAAUGUUAAAUGUAAUUUUAUCCCAGCAUAUUUAGUUCUAAAGUAUGUAUCUGCUACUUGAGCGUG